AUGGGGCUCGGUGACGUGGCGUACAGGGCGGCGAACGUCGCGAUCGAGCUCGAACGGCGGACGAAACGAUGCGAGGCGUUGGAAAAACUGUGUCGGCAUCUGCAGAGCGCGCUCGAGCUCGCGGAGACGCGAGGGAGGGAGACGGCGGCGACGCUCACGGCGAUGGUCGAGGCGGAACGGGCGCGAGGGGAGAUUCGCGAUCGGGAGGUGGCGUUGUUAGAGGAGCGGGCGGCGGCGAUGACGAAGCGGGCGAGCGACGAGGACGCGAUCGAGAGACGAUUGAAGGAGUACGGAGAAGCGAUAGAGUCGUAUGAAAAGGUGAUCGCGAGUGAGCGUGAGGAGGAGGGUAAGGAAAGGUGUUACGAUUCUCCGUUUAGUUGCCUUUCUCAUACUUUUGUCGCACUGGACGACAUGAGCGGAGAGAGCGGACAAAAGAGCCACAUGUACGUAGCGUCGCUAUUUUGGGCGGUGCAAACGCUAACCACGGUGGGUUACGGUAAUGUCGUGCCAACGACGGUGGCCGAGCGAGUCGUCGCGAUCCUAGUCAUGAUUACCGGUGGGUUUGUGUUUUCCGCCAUCAUCUCUGGCGUGAACAUGACGAUGGAUGAGGAUUCGCCAGGCAACCGCUUUGCGGUUCUCAUGAACCACGUGAGAGAACUGCUCGCGGAAAACAAGAUGCCUAGUGGGUUACAAUCUCGCGUGCGGUCACACUAUAAGUCAUCUGCGAAACCAGCCAAGUUGGUGAAUCGCGACAUCAUUAAACCCCUUCCAGAAGCGAUUCGCGCCGACGUCAACUUUUACAUUUAUGGCAAGCCGAUGGUGACCGGUCUAACAGCGAGCGGGACUGUGGAGCCCGAUUCGAUCGUCAUAGAGAUUCUCUGUCGCACGAUGGACACUAAAAUGUUCGCUCGUGGCUCCAGGAUGUGUUAUCCGUAUGAAUUGGCUGAGAGGAUGCUCAUCACGCUGACAGGCAGGGUGACGUAUUCUCCUGAUGAACAGAGUGGAUUUCAUCACGCCGAUGUGAUGAGAAUCAAACGCAAACGUCUGCGUGAUCAACAGAUAGAGAUCGCGGAGGAGAAAGGGCUACUCAGAGGCCCUGGGACGCUUUUGAAUCCUGGACUACUGUCUGGUUUCCACAAGGGAAUAUUGUGCGCCAUGCCGUUUGAUAAGUACGUCGAGGCGCUCGUCUUGGAUCACGGUGCUUUUUACGACAUGUGUUCACAACAUCAGCCUAAUCUGCUGCGAAACUUCGAAGACGAGUUUUUUGCAUCACUAUCGCGGUUGAAUAGGCCAAAGAUGGCUCGCGUCGCGUUGAGUGAGUGUGAUAGACGAGCGCUACUGCAUCCCGAGACGCGAAACGUUGCCGAAAAUUGGCGCGAGUUGCUCGAAAAGGAGCGAAAAGAGCAGGAUGAAAAACGAGCAGAGAGAGAGAAGGCGGGCGUGAUGGGACUCGUCAACAAAGGUGGAUUAGAGGCGAUCGAUUCCAAGGCAAUGUCGGGAGGUGGGACGCCUGGAGCGACGAUGGGCGCGAUCAAACUCGCCAUGCAGCAGAUGCACGCAGACAUCGUCAACGUCUCCGAGCAAAUCGCCGAGGUGAUGGUUGAGGUGAAGAAAGUUGGCUCGAUGGGAGAGGAGAGCGCCCUGAACACGUCUCAAAUCGUCAUGAGCGCCGACGCAAUCGAGAAGAAGCAAAUAAAUAUGG